AUGAAUAACACAGAAGAAGAAUUUACCACGUUAGCUAUCAAAAUAGGUAUGACUGUCGCCAUUUUCCUUCUCAACACUGGGUUGGCCUUGAAAGCCAUUGAGUUGUGCCAAGAAAGUUUGAUUUUACUAAACAACGGUGAUUUAAGCGCGGCCAGUCCAGUUGCCAAAUCACUUGAAGAACGCAUCCGCACCACAGUGAAAAGGGCGUGGUUCACUCUAUGCAAUUCACCAGGUUUUGAAGAAUACCUCAGGGAACUUUUACUUCACCCUGAAGAGGGAAAGAAAUUUCUUGAAUUAGCAAUAAACGUGAUGAAAACGACCGCAAACAGAAGAGGAGAAGCAGAUUGUUAUAGAGGACUAGGACUGCUUCUGUGUUCAUCAGGAGAAUAUGAGAAAGGUAAAGAAUAUUUGGAGAUGGCACUUGCAAUUAACAUAAAACUUGGUGACAAAAGUUGCAUAGCCACGAAUUACAUGGACCAAGGAGGAGUGUUAAAAUCGCUUGGAAAAUACGACAAGUCCCGAGAAUACCUGAAGAAAGCACUUGCUAUUCAAAUAGAAAUUGGCGACAGAAAUGGAGAAGCAAAGAGCAACGGGAACCUCGGAACAGUGUUCCAAUCCCUUGGCGACUAUGACAAGGCCAGGGAAUACCUGGAGAAAGCUCUUGCUAUCAGUAUAGAAAUUGGCGAAAGAGAUGGAGAGGCAAGAAGCUACGGGAGCCUAGGAACAGUCUUCCAAUCGCUUGGCAAAUAUGACAAGGCCCGAGAAUAUCUGAAGAAAGCACUCGCUAUCCAAAUAGAAAUUGGCGACAGAAGUGGAGAAGCAACAAGUUAUGAGAACCUCGGAACACUGUUCAAAUCGCUUAGCGAAUGUGACAAGGCCCGAGAAUACCUGGAGAAAGCACUCACUAUCCAAAUAGAAAUUGACAACAGAAGUGGAGAAGCAACAAACUAUGAGAGCCUCGGAACACUGUUCAAAUCGCUUAGCGAAUGUGACAAGGCCCGAGAAUACCUGGAGAAAGCACUCGCUAUCCAAAUAGAAAUUGGCAACAGAAGUGGAGAAGCAAGAAGCUACGGGAGCCUAGGAACAGUCUUCCAAUCGCUUGGCAAAUAUGACAAGGCCCGAGAAUACCUGAAGAAAGCACUCGCUAUCCAAAUAGAAAUUGGCGACAGAAGUGGAGAAGCAACAAGUUAUGAGAACCUCGGAACACUGUUCAAAUCGCUUAGCGAAUGUGACAAGGCCCGAGAAUACCUGGAGAAAGCACUCGCUAUCCAAAUAGAAAUUGGCAACAGAAGUGGAGAAGCAACAAGCUAUGAGAGCCUCGGAACACUGUUCAUAUCACUUGGCGAAUGUGACAAGGCCCGAAAAUACCUGGAGAAAGCUCUCGCUAUCCAAAUAGAAAUUGGCGACAGAAAUGGAGAAGCAACAGGCUACGGGAACCUCGGAACAGUGUUCCAAUCCCUUGGCGAAUAUGACAAGGCCCGAGAAUACCUGGAGAAAGCUCUCGCUAUCAGUAUAGAAAUUGGCGACAGAAAUGGAGAGGCAACAAGCUACGGGAGCCUCGGAACAGUCUUCCAAUCGCUUGGCAAAUAUGACAAGGCCCAAGAAUACCUGGAGAAAGCACUCGCGAUCGAAAUAGAAGUUGGCGACAGAUAUGGAGCAGCAACUGGCUACGGGAACCUCGGACAACUGUUCAUAUCGCUUGGCAAAUAUGACAAGGCCCAAGAAUACCUGGAGAAAGCCCUCGCUAUCCUAAUAGAAAUUGGCGACAGAAGUGGAGAAGCGACAAGCCAUGAGAACCUCGGAACACUGUUCAUAUCGCUUGGCGAAUGUGACAAGGCCCGAGAAUACCUGGAGAAAGCUCUCGCUAUCCAAAUAGAAAUUGGGGACAGAAAUGGAGAAGCAACAAGCUAUGGGAACCUUGGAACACUGUUCAUAUCGCUUGGCGAAUGUGACAAGGCCCAAGAAUACCUGGAGAAAGCUCUCGCUAUCCAAAUAGAAAUUGGCGACAGAAAUGGAGAAGCAUCAAGCUAUGGGAACUUUGGAAUACUGUUCAUAUCGCUUGACGAAUGUGACAAGGCCCGAGGAUACCUGGAGAAAGCUCUCGCUAUCAAAAUAGAAAUUGGCGACAGAGAUGGAGAGGCAAAAGUCUACGGGAACCUCGGACAACUGCUCAUAUCGCUUAGCGAAUAUGACAAGCCCCAAGAAUACCUGGAGAAAGCUCUUGCUAUCCAAAUAGAAAUUGGCGACAGAAAUGGAGAGGCAACAUGCUACGGAAAACUUGGAACAGUGUUCCUAUCGAUCGGCAAAUAUGGCAAGGCCCAUGAGUACCUGGAAAAAGCUCUCGCUAUCCAAAUAGAAAUUGGCGAAAGAUAUGGAGAGGCAACAAGCUACGGGAACCUCGGAACGUUGUUCAAAUCGCUUGGGAAAUAUUACAAAGCCAAAGAAUACCUGGAGAAAGCUCUUGCUAUCCAAAUAGAAAUUGGCGACAGAAAUGGAGAAGCAACAAUCUACGGGAAACUUGGAACACUGUUCAGAUUGCUUAACGAAUAUGACAAGGCCCAAGAAUACCUGGAGAACGCACUUGCUAUCCAAAUAGAAAUUGGCGAAAGAUAUGGAGAGGCAACAAGCUACGGGAACCUCGGAACGUUGUUCAAAUCGCUUGGGAAAUAUUACAAAGCCAAAGAAUACCUGGAGAAAGCUCUCGCUAUCAAAAUAGAAAUUGGUGACAGAAAUGGAGAGGCAGCAAUCUACCUGAGCCUCGGAGCACUGUUCAGAUUGCUUGGCGAAUAUGGCAAGGCCCAAAAAUAUCUGGAGAGAGCUCUCGCUAUCCAAAUAGAAAUUGGCGACAGAAAUGGAGAGGCAACAUGCUACGGAAAACUUGGAACAGUGUUCCUAUCGAUCGGCAAAUAUGGCAAGGCCCAUGAGUACCUGGAAAAAGCUCUCGCUAUCCAAAUAGAAAUUGGCGAAAGAUAUGGAGAGGCAACAAGCUACGGGAACCUCGGAACGUUGUUCAAAUCGCUUGGGAAAUAUUACAAAGCCAAAGAAUACCUGGAGAAAGCUCUUGCUAUCCAAAUAGAAAUUGGCGACAGAAAUGGAGAAGCAACAAUCUACGGGAAACUUGGAACACUGUUCAGAUUUCUUAACGAAUAUGACAAGGCCCAAGAAUACCUGGAGAACGCACUUGCUAUCCAAAUAGAAAUUGGCGAAAGAUAUGGAGAGGCAACAAGCUACGGGAACCUCGGAACGUUGUUCAAAUCGCUUGGGAAAUAUUACAAAGCCAAAGAAUACCUGGAGAAAGCUCUCGCUAUCAAAAUAGAAAUUGGUGACAGAAAUGGAGAGGCAGCAAUCUACCUGAGCCUCGGAGCACUGUUCAGAUUGCUUGGCGAAUAUGGCAAGGCCCAAAAAUAUCUGGAGAGAGCUCUCGCUAUCCAAAUAGAAAUUGGCGACAGAAAUGGAGAGGCAACAUGCUACGGAAAACUUGGAACAGUGUUCCUAUCGAUCGGCAAAUAUGGCAAGGCCCAUGAGUACCUGGAAAAAGCUCUCGCUAUCCAAAUAGAAAUUGGCGACAGAAAUGGAGAAGCAACAAGCUACGGGCACCUUGGAAUAGUGUUCGAAUCGCUUGGCAAAUAUUGUGGGGCCCGAGAAUACCUAGAGAAAGCACUUACUAUGGACAUAGAAACUGGCGACAGAGAAGGAGAAGCAACAAACCACGGGAACCUCGGAACACUGUUUCAAUUGCUUGGCGAAAAUGGUAAGGCCCAAGAAUAUCUGGAGAAAGCUCUCGCUAUCCAAAUAGAAAUUGGCGACAGAAAUGGAGAGGCAACAUGCUACGGAAAACUUGGAACAGUGUUCCUAUCGAUCGGCAAAUAUGACAAGGCCCAUGAGUACCUGGAAAAAGCUCUCGCUAUCCAAAUAGAAAUUGGCGACAGAAAUGGAGAAGCAACAAGCUACAGGCACCUUGGAAUGGUGUUCGAAUCGCUUGGCAAAUAUGGUGGGGCCCAAAAAUUCCUAGAGAAAGCACUUACUAUGAAAAUAGAAAUUGGUGACAGAGAAGGAGAAGCAACAAACUACGGGAACCUCGGAACACUGUUUCAAUUGCUUGGCGAAUAUGACAAGGUCCGAGAAUACCUAGAGAAAGCCUUACGUAUUUACAGGGAAAUUGGCAAACGAAAAGGAGAGGCAGACAUUUAUGGAAACCUUACAUUAUUUUUUCUGUCCCUUGGUCAAUAUCGAAAGGCUGAAGAUUUUCUAGAGAGAGCAGUGGCAAUUUGGAGGGAAAUCGGUGACAGAAAUGGACAAGCAGGACAUUUCGGAAACCUUGGGAGGAUUUCUUGUAAGCGUGGUGAGUACGACAAUGCUCUAGAAUAUCACAAGAAAGCCCUUGAAAUUCACAUGGAAAAUGGUAUGAAAGAAGAUGUUGUUGUCGACUACGCACUUAUAGGA